AUGCUCCGUGCAGCUCUUGUCUUGGCCUGUGCCGCUCUUGGCAACGGCCACAAGCUCGCGGCAGCUGGGGCUCACAAUGAAGCAGAUCCAUUCAAGCUGAGGCCCACUGGAUCUUCCGUGGAGUUCGGCAAGGCGCAGUUUGUGCAGCUGGCAGCCCAUAUCCUCGCACGCCAAGGAGGAGACGACCCAUCGGACCCCUCCGCGUUCCAGAGCCUGCUGAAGCGGCUGACCACGGAAGUCGCUGCCAUCUCCGCUCCGGCUCAGGACCUGGCAAAGAAGAUUGUCCAACAGGUGGCGCCUGCUGCGGCACCCACUGCGGCACCCACUGCGGCGUUUCAUGCGGCAGGGUCUUUCGCCACCAAAAUUCCCCGGAGGCUGCUUUUCAAUCACAAGGUCAAUCUUCUGAAAAAGCAGGACGCUGAGUUGAAUCCGCAUGAUAUGCUGCUCCGCGAGAACGUACUCCACAUCAUCAGCAUCUUUCCCGAGGUUUCUCGCGAAGAUGUCCACUUCUGGGAUGAUGACGACUGUGAGAACGGCUUGGGGUCUCUCAGCAUGAAGGAAAGCGAAGCUUUGAGUAUCGACUUCAUUCAGGAGCAGGUCGGAAUGAUCAAGUCGGAUAUCUGCCGCCUUGCCAUGAUGUACACCCUCGGCGGCUUCUAUUUUGAUACCGACAUCGUGGUCACGCCGGAGUUGAAGGCGCAGCUUGCUCCCGAAACGACCUUCGCGACCGUGCGCGCCGGCGCAGACUUCUUCCAAGCGUUCAUGGCUGCUUCUGCGCAGCAUCCUUUGAUGGAUGUUGCCCUGAAGGAGUUCAAGAUCUGGUACGACAAGCUCCAUAGUCCUGGUGUCAACCAGGGCCAGCUCCGUGCUGCCACUGGGAAUGGAAACAUUGGGACUGCGCUGCUCAGAAAGGCCUACGACCAGUGGAGCGUGCGCAACGGGCCAAUGCCCAAAGUCAACCACCCAGGAGGACACGUCUCUCAAAUCUUCGAGGAGUCCCCGAUCAAACUGCUCGCCAGACCGCAAUUUCCUGGUCUGUUGCCUGGCCGUUCCGGGAUGUUAUGUGACUACGCGGUCGUGAAUAGGCCGACAAACCGCGUGGUCAUGUACUCGCGAAUCUACGACUCGCACCAUCAACGGCAAUGCCUAGAGGAGGUGAACCUGAUGCGGAGCUUGCAUGCAUAA